AUGUCAUGGCGCCCGCAGUACCGCAGCUCCAAGUUUCGGAACGUCUACGGGAAGGUGGCGAGCCGGGAGCACUGCUUCGACGGCAUCCCCAUCACCAAGAAUGUCCACGACAACCACUUCUGCGCCGUCAAUGCCCGCUUCCUCGCCAUCGUGACGGAGAGCGCGGGUGGAGGCUCCUUCCUCGUCAUCCCCCUCGAGCAGACAGGCCGAAUCGAACCAAACUACCCCAAAGUCUGUGGUCACCAGGGCAACGUGCUGGACAUCAAGUGGAACCCGUUCAUUGAGAACAUCAUCGCGUCGUGCUCCGAAGACACCUCGGUGAGGAUCUGGGAGAUCCCUGAGGGCGGCCUGAAGAGGAACAUGACCGAGGCUGUCCUGGAGCUGUACGGGUUUUUUGUCGGCCUCGUGGAGUGGCACCCGACCACCAACAACAUCCUCUUCAGCGCCGGCUACGACUAUAAGGUUCUCAUCUGGAACCUGGACAUCGGGGACCCGGUGAAGAUGAUCGAUUGCCACACGGACGUCAUCCUCUGCAUGUCCUUCAACACCGACGGCAGCCUCCUGGCCACCACCUGCAAGGACAAGAAGCUGCGAGUGGUGGAGCCGCGCUCGGGCAGGGUCCUGCAGGAGGCCAGCUGCAAGAACCACCGUGUCAACCGCGUGGUCUUCCUGGGCAGCACGAAGCGGCUGCUGACGACGGGGGUGUCGCGCUGGAACACGCGGCAGAUUGUUAGGUGGGAAGACCUGUCCAUGCCCCUGAUCGAGGAGGAGAUCGGCGGGGUAUCGGGUCUCCUCUUCCCUUUCUAUGAUGCUGACACUCACAUGCUGUACUUGGCUGGCAAGGGCGACGGCAACAUUCGAUACUACGAGAUCGGCUCGGAAAAGCCCUACUUGAGUUAUCUCAUGGAGUUUCGCUCCCCGGCCCCGCAAAAAGGACUGGGGGUGAUGCCGAAGCACGGGCUGGACGUGUCAGCCUGCGAGGUCUUUCGUUUCUACAAGCUCAUCACUCUCAAGGGGUUGAUUGAACCCAUCUCGAUGAUCGUGCCGAGGAGGUCAGAAACGUACCAAGAGGACAUUUACCCCAUGACUCCGGGUACGGAGCCAGCCCUCACACCCGACGAAUGGCUGAGUGGGGUGAACAGAGAUCCCAUCCUGAUGUCGCUGAAGGAGGGCUACAAGAAGACAUCCAAAAUCGUCUUCAAGGCCCCAGUGAGGGAGAAGAAGAGUGUCGUCGUUAAUGGCAUAGACCUGCUGGAGAACGUGCCACCGCGGACAGAGAACGAGCUCCUUCGGAUGUUCUUCCGACAGCAGGACGAGAUCCGGCGGCUGAAGGACGAUCUCUCGCAGAAAGACAUACGGAUCCGACAGCUACAGCUGGAGCUCAAAAACUUACGCAACAGCCCGAAGAGCAACUAA